AUGGGAGUCGCGUACGAAGACAGACAGAGUAUCGAAAACAAAAAGGCCCAAUAUUGCCGCUUUGCAGACACCCACGAAUGGGACAAUUUCGUCGCCCUCUUCACUCCUGAUUGCGCCAUGGAAUUUCUUGACGCGAACGGGCAAGGGUUUUACGACAUGGGCCCUCAUAGCACCAUACCCUCAGCACGAGACCUCGGGAACUACUUGGUGCAGCUCAGAAACGUGCAGCAAGCCAUCCAUAUGGUGGGCCCGUUGGAGUUUGAGCAGGUUGACCAGGAUACUAUAAAGACUAUCUGUACUGUCACAUACCAAGUGGGAGAUAUCGGGACUCCGGAUGGUGUUCAUGGAAUUGGAGGAGGCCAUUACUACGAAACUUGGACACGCAAGCAUGGCAUAAUCGAAACAUCAGAGCCGAUUAUAGGGGAUUAG